CACAAAGAGUUACGGUCGUUACAACGAAUACAACCGCCCCAGACCUCGCUGAAAUAGCUGAAUGUGACCUACGAUAAAGAUUCUUCUUCCUUCCCAUCUACCCAUUGAACACGUGAAGUGAACGAUCGGCCGGCGCCUCAAAGAUUUAACACAACAAAAUGUAUCAAGUCAACUUGUUCGUGAUCAGCAAGCUGGUGACAAUAAUCUUAACGGCCGUCGCCGGGCGUCUAGCCCGAAACAUCAACAUAAGUUCAAAACCACGUGAUCGAAAGCGUAUCUAUAGACAGCUGAAAUUUUUCGGGUUUUAUCCGGUGGUCAUUGCUGUGUUUAUUUUUAUGAUGUUUAUUUUAAUCCAUCUGGAAAGAACCCCAAUUACGGAUAGACUAAGGUUUGUCGUAUUUCAAUACGAGAAUUCAGACAUUGGAGUUGGAUCUGACAUUGAAGUUUUAGAAAAUGAAUACAAUGGCCAUCUAUUAUCCCGAAACAAAUCUGCUGUGUUGUCAGUCCGUAAUGUAACUAAUACUAUUAUUAAAGCAAACAAGGAACUGUCAGAACGAGGCAACUGGACUGUAUACCUUGUGGAAGAUAAGUCAUGCAACGCUUACGUCAUAAAUGGCAGGUUCAUAAUUGUGUAUGAAGGUCUACUGGCAGCUGUUGAUUCCACAGAUCAACUUGCUUUUGUUCUUGGCCACGAGAUGGCGCAUGUUGUCCUAAAGCACAGUUCAGAAAGCCACAGUGUGUUUUCUUUGAUUGAUAUUAUAUUUUUACUUACUCUUUUCGUAAUUUGGUGUUUAUCUCCUAGUAAAAUUCGAGCUUUUGUACUCUCGUUGAUAUGUGUAACGCUAUUAAGUUUGUUAGUAUUUCAACCUCACACCCGGUAUUUAGAGAGUGAGGCAGAUCAAGUCGGUCUAAUGUUCGCUGUGAAGGCAUGCUAUGACUUUCGCGCAGGCGCCGCGUUAUGGGAAAACAUUGUAAGGUUACAAAACAUCACCAACACUACUAGACAUAUACCUGAUUUUUUUCUAUCUCACCCAGCUGAGAUCAAGAGAGCCGUUUAUCUAAGCCUUUUAAAGGAACCUGCGAAAUUAUGGAGGAGUGAAAAUAGACAUUGCACGUCACUAGUAGAAACAGAUGAACAAGAAGUCUGCCCAAAACCUUAAAAUAAAAUUCAAAUUA